GAGGAAACAGAGAAGCCAGAGCAGAGUUGAGGCUUCAGUGUUUCUUCUCUCGCUUUCCUCCAUUCUUUCCAUAUUAAGGCUCUCAUUUUGAUUCCAAUACCCAUCAACCAUGACUGCUGAGGAGAGUAAAGUAGCAGAAAUUCCUGUUUCUCAACCAGCAGAGACCACCAAGGUUGUGGAAGAGACAUCCCCUGUCGUAGUGGUCGAGACAGUCAAAGUUGCUGAUGGAGAUGUUGAUGCAAAGAAGUGUGAUGAACCCAAAACAGUAGAGGUGGAAGAGAAGAAAAUAGAAGCCGGAGCUGAAGAUGCUGUUCCUGUCGUUACAAAAAAUUCUUCAUUCAAGGAGGAGAGCAAUUUCCUCUCUGAUUUGAAAGAGUAUGAGAAGAAGGCGUUGAUCGAGCUGAGAUCGAAGCUUGAAGAAGCAAUCCUCGAAAACAAUCUCUUUAAGAAAGAAGAAGCCAAGAAGGAAGAGAAGAAAGAGGAGGAGAAACCCGCAGAAGAGGAAGCUAAAAAGGAAGAGAAGAAAGAGGGGGAGAAACCCGUGGAGGAGAACAAGGAGACGGAGAAACCUGCAGAGGAAAAGGAGGAAGGUAAGCAGGGAGAGAAGAAAGAGGAGGAGAAACCUGCAGAAGAAAGCCAAGAGAAACCAGCACAAAAAGCUGAGGAAGAGAAGAAACCUGAUGUGGGAACUGAAGAAAAAGCCGUCGAAUUAAACAAGGACAUCUCCCUUUGGGGAGUCCCUCUCUUACCAGGCAAAGGCGCAGAAGCUACUGAUGUGAUCCUCUUGAAGUUCUUGAGGGCUCGAGACUUCAAGGUCAAUGAUGCCUUUGUGAUGUUGAAGAACACCCUUCAAUGGAGGAAGGAACUCAACAUCGAUUUGAUAUUGGAUGAGGAUUUGGGUUUGGAUCUGAACUCUGUAGCCCAUAUGAAUGGUGUUGAUCGUGAAGGACACCCUGUGUGCUACAACAUCUAUGGUGUCUUCCAGAAUGAGGAGCUUUACGAGAAAACAUUUGGAACUGAGGAGAAGCGCAAUCAGUUCUUGAGAUGGAGGUUCCAGUUGAUGGAGAAGGGCAUUCAGAAACUUGAUUUCAAGCCAGAUGGUGUAUCUUCCAUUCUUCAAAUCACCGAUCUCAAGAACUCCCCUGGACCAUCAAAGAAGGAGCUUAGGAUUGCCACUAAGCAAGCUGUUGGUCUCCUCCAAGAUAACUAUCCUGAAUUUGUGGCAAGAAAUAUCUUCAUCAAUGUGCCUUUCUGGUACUAUGCCUUCAAUGCUGUCUUAUCUCCUUUCUUAACCCAGAGAACCAAGAGCAAGUUUGUCUUUGUUCGCCCAUCCAGGGUUGCAGAAACCCUUUUCAAGUAUAUUCCUGCUGAGAAUAUCCCAAUCCAGUAUGGUGGUCUGAACCGUGAAAAUGAUUCUGAGUUCUCUAUUGAAAAUGGAAGUGUCUCUGAACUCCUUGUCAAGAGUGGAGGAACAGAAACUAUUGAAAUCCCUGUACCAGAGGUUGGAACCACUGCUCUCUGGGAUCUGAGUGUGUUUGGUUGGGAGGUUAUCUACAAGGAAGAAUUUAUCCCAGAAGACGAAGGAUCUUAUACAGUCAUUAUUCAGAAGUCGAAGAAGAUCUCUGCAAAUGAAGAACCAAUUCGCAACUCGUUCAGGAAUAAUGAACCUGGGAAAAUUGUUCUCACCAUUGAGAAUACUUCAUACAAGAAGAAGAGAGUACUGUACCGAUUCAAGACCCAGAAGAGCUUCUGAGAGCUAUAGUUAUGUAUCUAAUUACAUUUGUUUGUUCUUUGCAUUCUUUUAAGAUUGGAUUGAGUGGGGUGAGACUAAAUUGUAAAGAAACUUUCAUUCUUUUUAGCAGGAUUAGUGUAUCCUGUGAUUUCAUUUAUUUGGUUUGGGAGCUUUGAGAGUUUAUUGUUUUUUACAUAUGAUUAAUUGAGUUAUUUGUAUUUAUU